UAAGGCAGUCUCCUAUAAAUCUUUGGUUGCUAGGGUCAGUUAAACCCUAGUAAACAGAUUGCUGCAAUCACAAACUGAAGAGCUGCUGAACAAAAAAAGCUUAAUAAUUCUGCAGCCACAAUCAAUUGAAAAAUGAAGACCAAUUGCAAAUUAUCUCAGAAUGCCAAUGUCUACACAUUGCUAAAAGUUAAAGAAAAGUUAUAAUCACUGGGCGGUGGCAAGUUUUUCUAGCGAUUCUAGUUGCUUAUUUAGCACCAUUGUCUCCUGCAGGGAUUCAAAUAUAAAGCAUAAAGUUUACAUAUACAGACAAACAUUUUGCCAGUAUAGAUGCAGUUACGACUGCAUAUUGUUAAGAAACAAUAGAGGGAGGUCCCUUCUCUUGACAAUAGAAUCCUCUUCUUCAAACACACCAUCUGCUUUCCCAGAUACCCCUUAUGCCAAUUCAAGUAGGGUGCAUGUGCAGUACAGAAAUAGCUCUGUACUACACAUUUGCUCACUUAAGCCUGAUGGGGACGCUUGUAAGGCUAGAGGAAGAUGGCAACAAAGUGCUUAGCAAACAGUACCCCAGCUGGUGCAUUUUUUUUAUAGAUGAGGUGUAGCAGGUAAGCAUCUAAAAUCACCUGGGGGGGGGUAACAUCUUGGCACGCACCCCCAAAUGAUUUUAACUUUCCUUUUAAUUUAAAGGUGGAUUAUGCCUUUAAAUCCCUGGCCAUAUAGUUAGUCAUCUAGUUUUUGUUAUAUAACACAAUAAUCUAACAGAAAUAAAGUAGCAAAUAUCUACUUCAUUUGACUACAGAAUAAAAUAGUUUUUUUAAGUAUUUAUUGUUCUGUAAUUCUUGUAUAUAAUAUGAACGUACAAGUCUACCAAGCAUUCAGUUAACAUAUACACCACACGUGUAAAAGAUGCGUAGCACAACACCCUAGCCAUUUAUACUGAUUUUUUUUUUUGUGCUAUAAGGUUGGAUAGAAUGAGUCUGCAGCUCCCUCCUCAUUCUCAUAAUGCUGCCAUUUACAUCACUGUGUGCAGUGCUGGACAAGACGGUGCCAGGAAAUUUGAAACUAGUAUGCUUCCAGUUAUCUGGAAUAGCAGUGCCUGAAUUAGCCUGUCUCCUUUUAACUAACUUUAUUGGAGCGAUAAACUGGCGAUCCAUGCAGCUUUAUUGAUCGAUGGGUAACUGCUGCAGCUGCCACUGUCACUAUGAUCCUGGAAAUACCAGAUUACUCCCUCAAACCACAAGUGCCACAAAUGAGUUUCCUGAAUAUGGGACAACAGAGCACAGAGAGGCUGACACACUUACAACUGCAUUUAGGUAUGUAGAAGAAUCAGGAGAAUGUUUAGAUAUAAUGAAGGAGCCUGAGCAGCUGUCCCCUUGUGGUCCAGUUGUGCUGAAUGACUGUUUAACAGAAGAGCCCAAACUAUGUCCAGAAGAAAAACUCAAGGAUGUAGCAAAAACAGAAUGUGCAGACUCUAACUGUGUUUCAGGCCUCAAUGUCUCAUGUGGAGAGAUCAAUGCACACAUUGUUCCAGGUGGUCAUUCCAUUUCGAACUGUACCUCUGUGCAGGGGGAAUAUAGACUGGACAAUGCCACAUCUAAGCAGAUGGACCAAGAUGGAGAAUCGGUAGCGUUACCAGAAUUGGUAUCACUACCAUCAGUUCCUGUCAUCUCGUCAGAAAAGAAAUCUUAUUUAUAUGUUGAGAGGGAGUUAGCUGCAAUCUCAGAAGAAGAGACUCUGUCAGAAUCCUCACUUUCACAAAUUACAGAAAUAACAGACUUCCCCAGUGUGCAAACAAAUAAUAUGGUUCCAGUUACAUCCAUAUUAAAGAACAGUGCACAUAUGGAGAAAGAGGUAAAUGGAAUCCUUGCUGUAAGAAAGGCUGGUGAAGAAGAUUUAAGGUCCUAUCGAACUAAAUCUCCAGAUAAGCUGCUUUCUAAAGAAAAUGCUGCUUUUGUUAAUAUGGAAUCUUCAAAGGUACAAUUAAAUAUGGUAGCACCAUCAGAGGAUACAUUUGUAUCUAAAGUGGAUGAGAAGCAACUUGAUACCCAAACUUUGGUAUCUUCAGGAACAAGGAAUCGCAUUCCAUCCUCAGAAAGGACUAGGGGGGCACGGGGAAGUGCUUUGAACUCUUCUGUUCAUGGGCAGCUAAGUAGUUCUGAGUCAAGCCUGAAUGAAGGUGUGGACAAUGAAGUUUUCAUAAAGGAAUCAGACCAUGGCAAUGAAAAUCCAGUGCCAGUUCAUCUUUUCCAGAGUCCUAGGAUUGUGGCUGAAGAUAAGCAUGAGGAUGUGCUUGUAUCGAAAAGAUGUUCUGAAGAUUCUACGGACUUGUACAGCUCCCAGUUUGAGAAUAUAUUAGAUAAUACAUCUUUGUAUUAUAGUGUGGAGUCCCUUGACACACUGUAUUAUGAACCUGAUAGUUUCUUUAGUUUUGAGAUGCCUCUUACGCCAAUGAUCCAGCAGCGGAUCAAGGAAAAUACCCAUUUCUUAGACCGGAACAACUCAGAAAGUCCUCAAGAAUACCUCAAGGUGGACCCUAGCUGUGGAAUUACAAUGGGGUACUGCAAUGAUGUAGUUAAUGGGCUGGAUGAUGGAACAACCUUCAGAAAAACUUCAUAUGAUAUGACAUACUCAGGAAGUGAUGUGGGAUCGUGCAGCAAAGCUUUAGAAGCCUCUCAUGACAUGGGCAGCACUGAAAUCCAUGAAAAAGGAAGCACUGAAAACCUUAGCAAUGGGACCAAUAGUAACAAACAAGCUGCUAGACGUCUGGCUAAACGCCUCUACCACUUGGAUGGAUUUAAACGCUCCGAUGUCGCAAAGCACUUAGGAAAAAACAAUGAUUUCAGCAAAAUUGUGGCAGAAGAGUAUCUUAAAUUUUUCGACUUCACAGGACUGACUCUGGAUCAAUCACUCAGGAUUUUCUUUAAAGCCUUUUCACUCAUUGGGGAAACUCAGGAAAGGGAGAGGGUAUUGGUCCAUUUCUCCAACAGAUACUUUCUGUGCAAUCCAAACAGCAUGUCUUCUCCAGAUGGAGUACAUUGUCUCACCUGUGCAAUAAUGCUUCUCAACACAGACUUGCAUGGACAUGUGAACAUUGGAAAGAAGAUGAGCUGUCAAGAAUUCAUUGCAAACCUCCAAGGAGUAAAUGAAGGAAGAGAUUUCCCUCGAGUACUGCUCAAGGCUUUAUAUAACUCAAUCAAAAAUGAGAAGCUUGAGUGGGCUGCGGAUGAUGUUGAUGCAAUGAAGAAAUCCCCCUCUGACAGCACUGAUGAAAAGCCCAAUGGUACACAGUCAAAGAGCGUUAAUCGAAUUGGCAGCAGCAAUCCAUUCCUGGAAAUUCCCCAUGAUCCAAACGCUGCAGUAUACAAGGCUGGUUUCCUUGCUCGUAAAAUACACGCAGACAUGGAUGGAAAGAAGACUCCAAGAGGAAAACGAGGCUGGAAAACAUUUUAUGCUAUACUUAAAGGAACAGUCCUGUAUUUGCAAAAGGAUGAAUAUAAGCCUGAAAAGGCACUGUCAGAAGACGAUUUAAAAAACGCUGUGAGUGUUCAUCAUGCUCUAGCAUUGAAGGCAACAGACUAUGAGAAAAGACCUAACGUCCUGAAACUCAAAACUGCAGACUGGAGAGUUUUUCUAUUUCAAGCUCAGAGCACAGAGGAAAUGGAAUUGUGGAUUAAUAAAAUCAACUGCGUGGCAGCCGUGUUUUCAGCUCCUCCCUUUCCAGCUGCUAUAGGAUCACAGAAGAAAUUCAGUCGCCCCUUACUGCCAGCCACCACUACCAAACUGACCACGGAUGAACAACUGAGAUCACAUGAAACAAAGUUAAAGCACAUUUCCACUGAGCUGGCUGAGCAUCGCUCAUAUCCGCCCGAUAAGAAAGUGAAAGCCAAAGAAAUAGAUGAGUAUAAACUGAAGGACCACUACCUGGAGUUUGAGAAAAUGAGAUAUGAAGUUUAUGUAAAAAUACUGAAAGAAGGAGGCAAGGAGAUGCUGACAACUAAUGGAAAUGACAACUCGGGGCUAAAAAAAUCCCAUUCUAGUCCUUCGCUGACCCAGGAUUCAUCACCAUCUAGUGCCAAGGUCAAGCGAAACAUUUCAGAGAGGAAGGACUACCGGCCAGAGACACCAAGCAUUAAGCAGAAUGUUACCUAAAAAAAAAAAAUAAUAACAGAAGUGCUGAAAGCAGUCAGCAA